ACGACGAUUAGAGUUUCGAAACUGCCGAACUCUGCUUACCAGCGAGAUUAAUGGCAUCUUCCACUGGUCUCACCGUCGCCGGAGCUCUACUUUCCGGAGAUUUUCGAUUACCAGAUAUAUCAUCGUCUCUAAUACCCAGAAAGACUUCUUCUUCAUUGUCAUGCCUCAACAACAGAGCGUAUAAUUGCUGUUGGCGACUAUCCAGAAGCAAAAUUUUGACUUCUCUCAGUAAAUCACGGAGACUCGCUGUGGGAAAGGAAGCGGAAGAUGGGUUUCUCUCGAAUGUGAGUGAAGAUACCGAUGAGAUGUUUGACGACUUGUUCAACAAAUAUGGGAAGGUUGUUUUUAGGAGCAAUGAUGUAAAGUCUCCAACAGCCGAGGUUGAUGAUGACGCAGAAAGUUUAGCAUUUGCUGUUGAAUUGGCUAAAGUUGCGAGUGAUGUGAAAGCUGGAGACAUUAAGGUCCUCUUUGUGAAGCCUCUUGUUUACUGGACUCGGUUUUUCAUCAUUGCCACUGCGUUUUCCCGCCCUCAAAUCGAUGCAAUCGGAUCCAGGAUGAGAGACCUGGCUGAGAAGAAGUAUGGUAAGGUUGCUAACGGAGAUGUAAAGCCAAAUUCGUGGACAUUGUUAGAUUUUGGUGAUGUUGUGAUCCAUUUAUUCUUACCUCCGCAAAGGACAUUCUAUAACUUGGAAGACUUUUACGGGAAUGCUAUGCAAAUUGAACUUCCCUUUGAGGAUCAGUCACCACCAAGGAGCUGAUAUGAUGAGACAGUCUGUUCCAAAACACAAAAAAGUAACAGUUUGAAAGAAGAAAUUUGUUGAUUCUCUUCACUGGCUAGAGUCAUGGCACAAGAAGGCUGUCGAUUUUUAAUUUUUGUUUGUCCACGCAAUGCUCUGAUGGUUUACACAGCUCUUGGCGUGAAGGGUUGAUGGUCCAACAACAUCAAGAGAUCUCAGGACAUAUUUCUAGUUUGUUUGUUGGAUAGAGUUAGACCAAAUUGUGUUCCGGAUUUAUGUAAUGUAUGCUUUAGGAUGAUUUUUCAUGUUAUGGAACACACACUGACCAAGACUCUUAUCUAAUUUGCUUUUCACAGCAACAAAAUUCAUGUACUUAG